AUGCAGGCUACUGUUUGGAGCAAGUUUAUGAAAAAACAUGAAAUUUUGCUUAAUGAAAAUGAGUAUUAUUACAUAUAUAAAUCUCAACUUUCUGUCAUUAAGUCAAAUUUGAAACACUUUGAGAAGGAACAUGCUAUUAGCUUAAACUUUGAUACAUCGGUUAAAAAGUGUGAGAAUCUUUAUGGAAGUGUAUAUGAUUUUAUUGGGUAUGUAGAUGAGUGGUCUGAACCAGAAGUGACCAAAAUGAAGACGGGAAAAGAUAGCAAAUACAUGAACAUGCAAUUGCUGGAUGAAGAGGGAAUCAAGUUAAAGUGCACUUUAUGGGAUGAGUAUUGCGAUCAGAUGUUUGGUUACAUUCAGAGCCAUAAAGAAGAAGUUGAUGUGGUUCUGCUUGUGCAGUUUGGUAGUUUCAACAAGUAUAAAGGGAAGAUAAUGUUAUCUAAUGCUUUCCAAAUAACCAGGUUGUUUAUCAAUGCUGACAUAGAGGAGAUUCGGUUUGUUGAGAAGAUAUGUAAAACAUCGUCUAAUGGUCGGAAAUCUAUUGGUUCAUCUGGAAACAUCAGUCUUCCAUGUGAGCUCAUAGUUCAUGGUAUGAUCAUGAGUGUGGAUGAUAAAGAUGAUUGGUACUACGUUGGUUGUGAUGAGUGCAAUCGGAAGGUGGAGACAACAUUUUUCAUUGAGGAAGCUAAAGAGGGUGCUGAGGAACCAAAGUGA